AUGGGGGUGGCACAUGAAGUGAUCGGCAAUGCCAAGGGUCAGGUACAUCCUCCGCCUGCUCUUCGCACUUUCACUGAACUGCGUGUCCCCAGUCCAGUACGUCCUGUGCCUUCUCCCCGCACUUGCCCUCAGGUGCGUGUCACUAGUCCGGUGCCACCUGUACCGGCCCCACGCAUCAGGCCUCCAGUGCGCCUCCCCAGUCCAGUAUGUCCUGUGCCUGCUCCCCGCACUCGCCCUGAGGUGCGUGUCACCAGCCCGGUACCACCAGUGUCGGCACCACCCACCAGCCUUCCUGCGAAGAUCCCCAGUCCGGAGCUCCCGGCGACAGUGCCCAGUCUGGAGCUCCCGGCGACAGUGCCCAGUCCUGAGCUCCCGGCGACAGUGCCCAGUCCUGAGCUCCCGGCGACAGUGCUCAGUCCUGAGCUCCCGGCGACAGUGCUCAGUCCGGAGCUCCCGGUGACAGUUUCACGGUCCGGAACCUCCAGCGACGGUCAACGGUAUGAAACCUCCAGCUCCAUGGCAGGAGCCCUCCUCUACGCCGAUGCCCAGUCCAGACACGGCGUCCAGCCUGGGUUCAUGGCUAGAUCCGCGGGAGGAGUGGGUUCUUCGACCCCCGCACCAGAGCCACCACCAAAGAUAGUGGAUCCGAGAGCCGAAAACUGUCGCGGGAGUUGCCUCACACCAUAG